UAGUAGGAAAAUAUCAAUGGCUGCUGUAAUACAUGGUGGUAUCUUCAGAGUGGUUUCUCAGGAUCUGGGAGCUUUUCAGCAGCAGAAGCCUGAGGACAAUAUAUUUACUGUGCUGCAAUUAAUGCAGGUCUGCCACAAUGCUGUCUGUCUCUGUGUCUUUUCAUUCUUAAUUUCAUAUCCAAAGAAACUGCAUGUGAUAGGCCUACCUUUGGUCUAUCUCUGAUUAAUCAAUAAGCUGUGAUCGCGGAAGAUAGGAAUAUAAUAAAGAGAUAGCCUAGCCUUCCAUGAAUAUGAGAGGCUGUAAUUAAUGCAGGUCUGCCUAGAAACAAGUAUUGGUCUAGAAACAAGUAUUGGUCGUUAGCAGACAAUCAUUCCAAAGGGCAUUGGCUGCACAACCUAAAGAUGUAAGAAGCUUCAUAUACACGUGCAAGUAGAAUUCUCUGAAGCUGACAGAUGUCUGAACAAUAAGAGUUACGUUCAUUAAUGGAAAUAUACAGUGUGUACAUCUUAUUUUUGGUUUCUCUGGGGGGUUUAUACACACUGACUAAAUUAAGAAUUAUUAUUUUAUUUUCCUUAUUAAUAUGGAAUACUCCCAGAAUCUCAGUUUACACUAAAAGACUUUUGUUUUAAUAGUAUGCCAGAUUAGCAACUCUGAAUGAGCCCCUUGCUGAAAGCAACUAAAAAUUCUGGAUUAAAAAAUCAAAUAAAAAAACCAAAUAUAUCUGUGACCUAGUAGGACCUUGAAAAAAAUCUCAGAGGGGAUAUAAAAGGGGUUUGUGAGGGAGGAAGAAAUGUGACAGCUAAGUGGGCAUUUGUUCAGAUUAUUGUCAAAUUUUGGACAUUUAGAGCUCCUCUGUAGCAUGCCAGAAUCAAAAGAUAAAGCCAAGAACCAGUAGAGAAGGAAUAGUCUAAUAGGUGACAAAAUCUGGGAUCCUCAAAAGCUAUAUUCCCUGUGCAAAGGUGAGAGAGAAAUAAAUCUUAUACACACAAAGGUCAGUAAGGAACAAGCCUACCUUGGAGCUGGAAGAAAAGAGAAGACAAAGUCUCCCCUGAGAAACUAUAACAAGACAUUUGAUUUAGAGGCUCAAAUUCAACCUGUCUGUACAAUACAAUAAAAAACUGAAGAAUUUAAUCUAGCCCUAGGGUGGAUGGUGUCCCCAAGCAACUUACAGAAGCAAAUUCCUAUACUCUGUAGGAAACCUCAACAUUAACUUCAGCAUCAAAGACUCCUCACCUUUACAACACCAGAAACAUGAAUUCAGACUAGAAAAUCACAAUCUAGAAAACAGUCACCAUGAGCAAAAGUAUCCGUUUCUAAAGAAAUAAUACACAAAGACACAUACAAUUUUCAGCACUGGACUUAAAAAAGAGAAUGUAGACUGUUUAACUUGUACAAGAAAUUUUAAAAACAGGUUAAAAGAGAACAGAACUUCUAAGACUAAGAAGUAUAUGUAACUUUUGAGAAGUGACACAUAAAAGGUAAAUUAAAAGAAAUACACUUCACAAUAAGAAAGUCUUAAAGAUACCUUACAGAUCUUCUAAGGAACAACUUUCUCCGAAAGAUGAGGCGAUUGAAGUAGAAAAGAAUAAGACCCGAUAUUUAUUGACGGCAAGAGUUUUUAAGAAAAAUAAGACCAGCAGUGAACUAUUAAAUAUAUUACUGAUAAACAUUUGCGGAAGGAGUUAAAAAAUAGAAGACAUCGUCCAGGACUACAGUCCUCUAACACAGGAUAUUUAUUCUACAUACCCUGAAGGUAUUGCUAGCACAACUCAUUUGUUGUUAAGGUUCUCUUCAAUAAUUAUGAUUGGCCACUUUUUGAGAGGGCGCGUGGGUGUGGAUGCUUAUAUAAGUACUAUGAUAAUUACAUUACAAUGUCAAGAUGCAUCGAAAACCAGCAUACAAGUGUCUGCUGAGAACUGCUCGCGCCCCUUUCAAUCAGGUAAAUGCAUACCCACUCCAGCGUCUCAAGAUACUGUCUUACAGGAAACCCAAUCAGUUGUCCCACUCGUAUUUUUGGAGUGAAUACUGAGAGUAAAUUCCGACAGAGUUCUACUUUGAACAAUUCGAAUGGCCCGAACUUUGCCGAUUAUUCUAGCGUUUAGAAUCUUUACUAUUUGCCAAAUACUCCUUGAAACCCACGACUCACAAACGCGGGGACGUGGAACCGCAGCAAGGAACAGUCGAGCGGGUGCUGCUAGCGGAGGCGCCAUAUUGGAAGGGACAAAACUCCGGCGACAGCGAGUGACACAAAUAAACCCCUGGACCCCUUCGUUCCCCCAGCUCUAAGGGCCGCGAUGUUGUACCUAGAGGACUAUUUGGAAAUGAUUGAGCAACUUCCAAUGGACCUGAGGGACCGCUUCACCGAGAUGCGCGAGAUGGACCUGCAGGUGCAGAAUGCAAUGGAUCAGCUAGAACAAAGAGUCAGUGAAUUCUUUAUGAAUGCAAAGAAAAAUAAACCUGAGUGGCGAGAAGAACAGAUGGCAUCCAUCAAAAAAGACUACUAUAAAGCUUUGGAAGAUGCAGAUGAGAAAGUACAGCUGGCAAACCAGAUAUAUGACUUGACCGACACUUGAGAAAGCUGGAUCAGGAACUGGCUAAGUUUAAAAUGGAGCUGGAAGCUGAUAAUGCUGGAAUUACAGAGAUAUUAGAG